AUGGAUCAGAAACAUCUGUAUAGUACUGGUGUCGGUGUUGGUGGUGGUGGUGGUGUUUCAUAUCAAUCACCAAAGAUACAAAGAUAUCAGUCUGGCCAGAAUGGUAAUGGCAAUGGCAAUGCUCUUCUUGAUACCAUUGCUAUAAGCAGCAACAGCAACAACAACAAUAUGAGCAGUGGUGGUGGCAGCAACAAGAGUUCCAUUAGAUAUAGUAACGAUAGUAGCGAUCAUUAUCAACAUCAACAUCAUCAUAAUAACAACAACGACGAAUCAAUAGGUGAUGAAGAUAGUUAUGAUUUCGAAGAUGAUGAUAGUAAUAGUAACGAUCAUCAUAAUCAUCAUCAUCAUCAUAGUAACGACGACGACAAUCAACAACAUCAACAACAUAUUAUAGAUUUUCAACAACUAAAAAACAGUUCCUAUUCACCACAAGACAAACAAUAUUGGAGAACAAGAUUGAAUUCAGGUCUUUUUGCAAUAGUGUUCCUCGAAUGUUUAUUUAUUUUCACAUAUGUACCUUAUUUCUAUUAUUUCACAGCACAAUCGAAAUCCAUAGUUGCAUCUGCACUCAUUCUAUUGAUCUAUCAUGCAAUCAUGUUUUUAGUUCAAUUCUCAUUGUUUAGAACUACAUUUACCGAUCCCGGUGGUAUACCCAAUGGUUUCCCACAAUCUAUUUUCUCCGAACAUGAAAAUUUAUUAUAUGAAACAAACAGUCAAGGACAAAAAAGAAAAUGUUCAAAGUGUCUUAAGAUGAAACCAGAUAGGACUCAUCAUUGUUCAAAAUGUAAAAGAUGUGUAUUGAAAAUGGAUCAUCAUUGCCCAUUUGUAAACAAUUGUAACGAUGAAAAUAUAUUUGUUGGUGUUGUAUUUGUGAUUGCUCUUAUUUUUGGAUUAGGUUUGUCAGUUUUCACGAUGACUCACUUUAGUUAUGUUUUCAAGAAUGUCACUACUAUUGAACACAUGGAGAAGAAACUUCGAUUCAGUAAGCAAUCCACCACAAACAACUCACUGUUUGAUGUGGGACAUUAUCAUAAUUGGUGUCAGGUUUUUGGUUACACUGCCAGUAAAUGGUUCCUACCUGUACCACCUUCCUAUGCUCUUUCAUCUGGAAUGAUAUUCCCUGUGAAUUGCUCAGAGGAUUCACCCUUGAUGGGGUUUUAA